AGUUGAGCUCGCGUAAUCGUGUAGACUUCAUGUAGCUAUAUCUAUCUUGCUCGUGUAACGUGACAUGUUUACAAGGUACGUUGCUUCACUUAACAGCUGCGGUAUAAUGUUGAGAAUAUUUUGUUUUCAUGACGUUUGAUUCAAAUGUCAUCCGACACGAACGUUUAUGCGGAAAAUGAACUGAGAAAGCGAUGCAAAUUUAAAACAAAUGAUGAGUAAUAUGAAGCGUAUCAAGCCAUCCGGACAGCCGCCCAAAGUUUGGGAAGUACUUGAAAAAAUAGGUAAGGACGGAAAGCGGAAAAAAUUCACGAUUCAAGAGAUUCCUGAGGACAGAUACGAGGAAGCUGUUCAACAUAUGGGCACAUACUUCUUGCUUGACGAACCGGUCUGCGUGUGUUUGAACGCCGCAAAUGAUCCCGAAUUCGUAAAAGUCUUCAGUACAACGUGGCGUGAAUCGCUUUCGCUAGGUAUAUCUGUAGCAGCGUUCACCGACAAUCCCGACGGCGGAAAACCCAUACUCGCGGGUAUAAACGUACUUUUUAUUGAGUACAAAGAGAAAAGAGACGCCAUUUUAAAUUGCAAGGUAUCUAAUAUUGUUGUUCAUCGAAAAAUCGCCAAACUCCAUUGGACGCCUGGGAUGUGA